GCUGCCACAGAGGCAGCCGCAGGCCGGGUGGAGAAACAUCUGGAGCAGCUGUGAGUCUGUGCGUCCUGCUUCCCUGUCAGUCAGAGAUGCUGUCCUUGGUCUCCCGCUCGCUUCGUCCCACCGUCUCCGGUUGCCGAGGAAGCAGACGCUCCAUAGCAACCGUCCUCUCUGGAAACAAGACGUCCAAGUUGGUGAGGCAGAGGCUGAAGGAGGAGGUGGAGAAGAUGAAGACCCAGUUCUCAGGCUUCAGACCCAGUCUGGUGGUUCUACAGGUGGGAGACAGAGACGACUCCAACCUUUACAUCAGCACCAAACUGAAGGCUGCAGCCGAGAUCGGGAUCGAUGCCAAGCACAUUCGACUGCCGCACUCAGCGACGCAGGAAGAGGUGUUGCAGAGCAUCAUGUCGGUCAACGAGAACCUGUCCGUCCAUGGUCUGAUCGUCCAGCUGCCUCUGGACUCCGUCAACCGCAUCGACACCGAGCUGGUCACCAACGCUGUUUCUCCCGAUAAGGACGUGGAUGGUCUGAGUUGCAUUAAUGCAGGAAAGUUGUCUCGUGGUGAUCUGAACGACUGUUUCAUCCCCUGCACCCCCAACGGCUGCAUGCAGCUCAUCAGACAGACAGGUGUGUCUGUAGCAGGGAAACACGCCGUGGUUAUCGGUCGCAGUAAAAUCGUGGGAGCCCCGAUGCACGACCUGCUGCUGUGGAACCACGCCACUGUGACCACCUGUCACUCAAAGACUGCUGACCUACCUGAGCAGGUGUCUCGGGCUGACAUCCUGGUGGUGGGGGCGGGCAGGGCAGAGAUGGUGAGAGGAGAGUGGGUGAAGGAGGGCGCCGUGGUCAUCGACUGUGGCAUCAACCACGUCCCAGAUGAGACCAAGGCGAGCGGUAAACGGGUGGUCGGAGAUGUUCACUACGCCUCGGCCUAUCAGAGAGCAGGAUUCAUCACACCUGUACCUGGAGGGGUGGGGCCCAUGACUGUGGCCAUGCUGAUGGAGAACACGGUGCAGAGCGCUCAGCGCUUCAUCCUGAGGGACCAGGCCAACAGGCGAGACACUCACAGGUGA